AACUUUAGAAUUGCAUUUCCAUAAAAAGAGACGGUUGUUACCUGUGGUUUAUUGUAUUAUCCCCCCUUUUGUUAAUUACAUAGUGUGAUUUUUGUUUUGUACUAAUACACACAACGCACCAGUUGGUGGUAGACAGUAUUUUGGCAAAGGCGGAAUCUUUGCCAAAUAUGAAGCAGAAGAAGGAGAACAAUGUCGCUAAAAGGGCUAUCGGGUUUUCUUUUAGUACCUCAGACAAACUAAGUUGAUUAUGAAGAUAUAAUCUAUCUAGUUUUUUGUAUUUGUUUGUAUAGAAAAGUAGAAAAUAUUAGAUAUUCGUCUGGACACUCCAUACCAGUAGGUGGCGGAAAUGCACAAAUUCGUUGUUUGCCAACCGCCAAUAAACCUCGAAGACGAAGAAGAAGAAAAAGCACGAAGAAGAGUGGUGCAUGUGAGGACAGCGACGUUGUAAACAGAUUUCUAAUCUCUCUUUAGUCAUUAAAACUCCUCAAACUGCUGGUUUGUAAAUCACUGGAUAUCACCGUCACCAUAGUAACACGGAGCUACCUGCUAACUGAAACUACAGGCCGAGAAGAAGAAGAAGAAGAAGAAGAAGAAGAAGAAGAAGUCAGUAUGGACUCCUGGGUUCGCUUCAACUCCCAAAGUCAAGCCAAGGAGCGAGUUAUCAGGGCCGCUCAGUAUGCGUGCACUCUGCUGGGAUACACUCUGCAGAAAGGAGGCGCGGCGGCUGAACUUCAUAAAACCAUCGGUCAGCUGGAGGCACACAUGAGCCUGACCAGGAAGUUGCUGCGUCUGGGAAACUCGGUGGAGGCUCUGGAGUCCGCCAAGAGGGCGAUCCACCUGUCCGACAGCGUGCUGAGACUCUGCCUCACCAUCAGCCACCUGAACAGAGCCAUGUACUUCGCCUGUGAUAACGUCCUGUGGGCGGGGAAGACGGGAAUCAUCUCCAAACUGGACAUGAAGAAGUGGAGUGAGAGAUCCUUCAGGUAUUACCUCUUCGCUCUGAUCCUGAACCUGACUCGUGAUCUGUACGAGCUCCGCCUCCUCAUCGAUUGUGAGGCGCGUCACAGAGCAUCCAAACACCCUCCCUCUCCUCACCCUGGCUCCGCCGACCAGUUGUCCUCUCCGUCCUCCUCACCUGUCGCCCUCAACGCUCCGCCGGUCAUGUUGGCGGGGCUCCGCAGACAGCUCCGCCUGCUGGCGACGGUGCUGUACAGCAACCCGCCGCUGUCGCUGGACCUCCUGAAGAACAGCUGCGACAUCUUUAUCCCUCUGGACCGGCUCGGGAUAUACAGCACAGGAUCCGGGUUUGUGGGGCUCUGCGGACUCACCUCCUCAAUCCUCAGCAUCCUCACCCUCAUCCACCCCUGGCUCAAACUGAAACCGUGAACACAGACGCACACGGGAGGAGGAGGGCGGCUGUGAUCAGAGUCUUACACUGAACAAGAACAGCAGCUUCUGAUGUACUCUGAUCAUAUUUUGAAAAGCUGCAGGACUUUAAAGCCCCUGAAACAGCGGUAAGCUGUCAUCCUGCAUCUCUCAGUCCUGCAGUAAAAUCUCUUAACUGAACUUCACAGGAAGAAAAGGAAAGUCAGUCCUCUUUGUGAGCUACAGAUCACAAAGAGGACUGACUGACUGAUUAACUGAGUGUGUGCUAAAACUUCAUAGGACACCUUAAGUCGACACUGAGUUUCCUGCAGCUACCUUUACUCACUCAGUGUCCCCGCACACAUCAAACUGCUAAAUAUGUUUUUUUGUUUGUCUUAGAAAUCAAAUGACAACCAUAUAAAUCAGCAUAAGAACCUUUUAGCUGCCCUUAGACUAAAUGAAAGUUCAGCUUUGCACCACUUGGGAUCUAACAUUACAUCAACAUUACUUGUCUGUGGUGCACUUUCUGCCACUUCCUGGCUAAUGCUAAUAUUAGCUUGUGAGUGGUUGAAUGCAGACAGCAGCAUGAAGGGUUGUCUGAUAUGUUUUCCCUUACAUAAUGGCUGAAUGUCCCUCCAUAAAUUCACUGUGCGUUAUGAACAACCGAACAGCUGUGAAAUGUUAACUAUUUGUCAGAUGCUCAACAUUAACACGACUUAAACUGGAAUACAGAUGUGCAACAUUUUGCUGCAGGAACGGCAGAGAGGAAUGGACGUUAUGUGAAUGUGGUUAAUGGUCAGAUCUGUUUCCAUACUGAGGGGAGCAAAGGCGCUUGGUUUUAAUUUCUGUGAGCCAAUGAUGUAAAACAGUGACAGAAAGGAAUGUAUUCCAAUAAAGAGGCUGUCCUGCAAAACGGCACAUAAAGAAUCAGCCUGCUCACAUAAAAAAACGAGAAGAAACCUUCAGCACAGGCUUUUACUUACACGGUCCUGAAUCCCUCCUUCACACAUGCGGGAAGCUUGCCCUGCUGACAUGAUGUCAAACAGGACAAGAUGGUGGAUUAAGCAAGAGUCUGACGGUACGAUGACAGUUCAUGUUUAUGUGUAAUUCGAUGUAUUCAGAGUACAGACAGACAGACUGAGCUGAAAACAUCAUGAAGCAUCUUCGUCACGAUCACAGAGAUUGAAACAGUCACAGCAUAUAAACAUCAUUAUUUGAGUUUAUACAUCAGCUCACCUGGAGUUCAUGUGUUUUACUAAAGCGCUUGCAUGAGAAAGUCCGCUGUGUAAACUUCAGCGUUCACUCUGUGAUGCCGCUCACUUCGGGAACUUUCAAGAGUUUUGUGUACGUCCGAAAAGAUGAUCCAAAAUGUCAUUUUUUUUCUUCGAUUAUUGUCAACUGUAUUUUAAAAACCAUACAUGUGAAAUAGGAGGAAACUUGCCCUCAUACAACAGUCUCAUGAGAAAUGACUGGAUAUUAACCACAUUAAUUAUGUUUCUAUGUAAUUAAGAUUUUCAUAUUACAUCGUCCACACUGACAGACCACUGAUACACUUUUGAUUUUGAAGCCCUGACGUUUGUCACAAAGUUAGUCCUUAUUUUCCUUCUCUGAUUUGGGUUUAAUCUUUUUGAUUUUCUAGCCUCUACGUUACUGAAUUGUCCAGAACGCCUCAAAGACAAACUCAUUAAGCUUGUUAAGAACUGCUCCUCCGCACCGACUUUAAAAGGCUGUCAACGUCUCGACUUCUGUAGCUUAACUACGAAAUGUCUUUAAAUAUUAGAGCAGAAAUAAUUCAUGAUCAGAGGAAACAUUUGAUGAGCUGCAGUCUGAAAUAUCACUGUAUGUAUGUGUUACUGUUUUAACCAGACUUAUGAGUUAUUAAAUAAAAACUUUUAACACG